UGCCCCGCCAGCGACAAAAGCGCCGAGCGGCCGCCGGCCCCAGCGCGGCUCCCGACAGCGGCACCGACACCGAGCCCCACGCCGACCCCGGCACCGAUCCCGGAUUUGACACCGACCCCGACACCGUCCCUGGCCCGGCCGCAGAAAAUCCAUCCUGGUGUGUGCCAGAAGGUUUUGCUGGGAUGUGGCUUUGCUGGGGCUGUGCUUGUGCUUCAUGGCGAGAGUCACCUGCUCAAAUCACCUGGCAUAAUUUAAACUGAGUGGAGGCACCUGCAGCCUUCUCAUGGUGGACUGAGGAAAAUCAGCAGCAGCAAAAGGGCUGGGUCUCCUCUUGUGGCAAAUGUCAGGAUGCCAAACUGGGGAGGAGGGAAGAAGUGUGGGGUGUGCCAGAAGGCUGUGUACUUCGCUGAGGAGGUGCAGUGUGAAGGCAACAGCUUCCACAAGUCCUGCUUCUUGUGCAUGGUCUGUAAGAAGAAUUUGGACAGCACCACUGUGGCCGUGCAUGGUGAGGAGAUCUACUGCAAGUCCUGCUAUGGGAAGAAGUACGGCCCCAAGGGCUACGGCUACGGGCAGGGAGCAGGGACCCUGAGCACGGACAAGGGCGAGUCCCUGGGAAUCAAAUAUGAAGAGGGCCAGCCCCACCGACCCCUGAAUCCCAAUGCAGCCAGGAUGGCCCAGAAGGUGGGAGGAGCUGACGGGUGCCCCCGCUGUGGCCAGGCCGUGUAUGCGGCCGAGAAGGUCAUCGGAGCUGGGAAGUCCUGGCACAAGUCCUGCUUCCGCUGUGCCAAGUGUGGCAAAAGCUUGGAGUCCACCACCCUGGCAGACAAAGAUGGGGAGAUCUACUGCAAAGGUUGUUACGCCAAGAACUUCGGUCCCAAGGGCUUUGGCUUCGGGCAGGGCGCCGGGGCACUGAUCCACUCCCAGUGAGCCCCAGGUCUGAGCCCUGUGCUCACCCAGGGCUCGUCCUGUGCUGCCCGCCCGCCCCACGCCGCAGUGAGUGCCCCACUGUCACCCCCAGCCACCGCUGCUUCGCAGCACCAGCCCCUCCUGCCCUGCCUCGGCACUCCCCAGAGCCGGGGGAGCGCCAGCAUUGUCCCUGUGGGGCCCUCCUGGGACAGGUGGUACAGGGGGGCCACUCCCUCCCACUGCAGAGCGGCCCCGGUGCCCAAGUCCUGCUCCGCGUUGCCCAUCCCACCGGCCGCGUGCUCAGCCGUGCCACCGAGCAAGCAAUAAAACAUCAGAGACAUCAGAGCUCCCCCGGCCUGGCCCUGCGCUGACUCGCUGUCUGGGGCUCAGGGCGGGCACUGGGUGCCCAGGGCUGGGGAGGUGUUUGCAGUCCUGACUUGAAAUUAAAGCCCAGUGGCAGGAA